AUGGCUUUGUUUCUCUCCAUUCUGGCCUGCACAUUCACUACCACCGUCUACGCCGACGACAAUGAUAUUUCUACUUGGGCUGAAACCGAAGUCCCCGACUGGGCCACAGCCAACGCCAUGCAACUCUCUUUGUCGGCAUCCGGUUUGCAGUUUGCAGUCAUUCCCCUUACACCAAACCUGGGCCUCAACGACACGACCGGUCGUGUUAUCAAAAUUGUGGAUUUCGAUGGCGACAUGAUUGCAACAGAUUCUUCCAACUACAACAAGAUUAACAAGGAAGACGAUAUAGCUUAUUUGUCAUGCGACGAGCCGAAAGACAAUUCUUUUCUCAGCCCAAACAAAAUGCUAAACACCUUGAUGCAAACCAAGCCACAUAUCAAAGCGAUUGUUUUGUACUCUCGAUCAAGCACGUGGUGCGCUCUCAGUCAAGCUGUCGACCUUCCAUUCACGAGUAUUUUAUCCAUGGCCGACGGGGGCGAGGCAACACAAGCCUUGAACCUACUGAAUGGUACCAACACCGGUAAAAUCGUCAAGGCCAACAUCUUUGGCAACAAUACAGACAACACACUACCGAAAGACGAGACUAAGGGGGGACAUAAUACUGCUGCCAUGAGCAUCUUGUACGCCAUCACCGGUCUCAUCACCCUUCUCUUUCUUGCCAUCAUUACGACAGGUGCAGUCAGAGCUCAUCGAUAUCCUGAAAGAUACGGGCCACGGGGUGCACUCGGUGGGAGGCCCAGGCAGAGCAGGGCCAAGGGACUCGCUCGGGCCGUGUUGGAUACGAUCCCAAUCGUCAAGUUUGGAAACCAGACACCGGCAAAACCGGAUCCAGAACUGGAAUUGGAAAAUGCGGAAGCACAUGAUGCUGCAACUCAGCGAACCACAUCGCAUGUUGAUGACACACAACGGUCUGACGCAGCUACGGCAGCUGCCCGAGACACCGAUGCCGUAUCAGCCGCGGCCAGAACGUCAUCGUCUCCCGAAGGUGCCGGAGAAGAAACAAGCGGCCAACAAUGCUCUAUUUGCACAGAAGACUUCAAGGUUGGCGAAGAUGUUCGUGUUUUGCCUUGCAAGCAUCAAUUCCAUCCCGCAUGUAUCGACCCUUGGUUGAUUAACGUGUCGGGCACGUGCCCUUUAUGUCGUUAUGAUUUACGACCAGGCAAGGGUGCUGCGCCUGAAGAAGGAGAUGCUGGCGAUUCCAGUUCAUUGCCACCACCGUUGGUGUUGGAAGAGGGCGCAGAGAAUGAUGCACCCCAGUCAUCACACCGUAACCGACUAUCUCGUCUGUUCGAUAUCAACCGCCUUCGAGAAGGGACCGUGGAAGAACAGAUGGAUGCGUUAAGGCGCAUGCGGACGGUAGCUAAUGAGAACGAACACCAAGAGAGAGCAAGUGUGGCUGAAGCCAUCGAUGGAGAAUCCCGAGGCCAAAGUGCACGAUUUGCGGCAAGGCUGAGGGAUAAGUUUCGAAUUCGCACUCGAGCUCAAGCCAUGGAGAACGAAGAUGAGCAGCGCGGGCACUAG